AUGAUGUCUGAAAACAAGACUUUUCCGGAUGGCUUCAUCCUACUAGGAUUUUCCAAGGGACAAGUUGCCUGUUCACUUUUUCUUGGCUUCAUCUACAUCAUGGUCCUUUUUUGUAACCUGUCUGUGUUCAGUAUUAUCCAGAUGGCCAAACACCUCAAGACACCAAUGUACUUUUUCUUGAGUUGCCUAUCCAUCCUAGAUGUUGGUUACUCUACAGUCACCCUCCCACCUAUGCUGGUCAUUGCUAUAACAGGGAACAGAAGGAUUUCUUUUCAUCAGUGUUUUAUACAGCUAUAUUUCUUUGUUUAUGUUGGAGGAACGGAAAGCCUUCUUCUCACCCUCAUGGCCUAUGACCGAUAUGUAGCCAUAUGUAACCCUCUACGUUACUUUAUCAUUAUGAAUAAGAGGUUCUGCUUCUAUACCGUGGUUGGAUGUUGCCUUCUUGGGUGGAUGAACUCCAUGUCUCACACCUUAAUGACUUUACGACUGACAUUUUGUGAGGAGCCGGACAUCAACAAUUUCUUCUGUGAUGUCCGUCCAAUGUUAGAAGCAGCUUGUAGUGAUACCAGGAUCAUUCAGAUGUCACUGCACAUAGACACUGUCCUACUAGGAGCCUCAACAUUUCUCAUUUUGAUGAACUCCUAUGUCCACAUAAUUUCCACCAUAUUGAAAAUUCGCUCCUUAGAGGGAAGGCGCAAGGUUUUCUCUACCUGCUCCUCUCACCUGAUUGUUGUCACAAUUUUCUACAUAACAGGUACUUUCAGCUAUAAUAGUCCCAAGUCUGGGAAUACAUUUUAUGUUGUCCAAGCCUCAUCUCUUGUAUAUUGUAUUCUUCCACCAUUACUAAAUCCCAUCAUAUACUGCUUGAGAAACGAUGAUGUCAAGCGAGCACUUAAAAAAACAAUAAUAAAAAUGAAAUUGAAAUAA